GUUGUUCAAUCAUCUUCUUCCAGUUGUCUUGUACUACAUUCUUUUGUUAAACAUCAAUAAUCUUCUACUGACCAUGUCUCGAAUCAUCGAAGAUAAAGUGAUCAACUUCAUCACACAUUUGCCAUCAAAUGCAAACCCAUAUCAGGCGGCAGCGGAUUGUCUCGCUACUUUCCUUCUCCCAUAUCCUCUACCAUCUUGGUCACGUUAUCUUCAACGUGUGUAUGCCGUAACAUUCUUGAUGAUGUUCUUUCAAUCGAUUUAUGUUCUUUACGUUCGCUCAAAAACAAAGAGAUUGUACCAUAUAGGAUUGAAUUCUAUGGGACUCUUACAACUUGAUCGUGCAAACCAUUGUGGAUUAUGCUACUUUCUAUAUAGUAUAAUUGCAUUAUCAGAAAUCAUUUGUGAAGAAUUGGUACAAUCUGGGCAACUGGACCAAGGAUGGCCCAACUUCUUACUCGGCAUUAAACUCACACUUACAGUUAUAUGCGCUAGAGUAAUUCUGUGGCUAUGUAUCUGCCAUUGCGCAUUGGAUGCGCUACGACGUAAGAACCAAAGAGGCCAAGUGCUCUCAAAAACUGUGACAUGGGCAAUGAAUACGUUUUUGGUGAUCAUUCUCUUUGCCCCAGCUGUUCAGAUCAUCAUCUCAUUCUAUCAAGUUACCAUGGAAUAUCAACAUAUCAGAAAAAUGGUGACGGGUAUCAUUGACAUUUACCGGGAUUUGGCACCUAGCUGCUCCCUAGUGAAAUGUAGCGUGACACAAACAAUACCUCAGCUCGUUUCACACUGGUCGGUUCUUCAUCACGUUGAUCUUUUGGAAUACUAUACUACAUUAGGAUCAGAUUCUUAUCUAUUUAUAUGUGGUAUCGUUCUUUUGGUUUAUGUUCCAUUCCUUUUCCUAUUAUCUCGAAGCUUUAAUGAUCAGGAAGGAUUAGAAUCUUCAUUGAAAAAACAACAGGAAGGAGUCUUUUCAAAUACUUUAUUAGAAUUCACAAUUAUCUUAUUAUUAUUGAUCUUAGUCAGUUGUGAGACAAGCUUGGUUCACAAGGGUGAUUUUAUUUAUAAUUCUAGCUUUUGGCUUAUCAGUCGUAUUGGCAUAGGUGGUGUUAUCUCAACCUUGGGAAAUACUGCUUUAUUUUUGAUCUUAUGCAGUCUAUAUAGGACUAAUCUAGCUCAUCAAGAUACUCACAUUGUGAUGCCAGAGAUUCCAGUACCUGUGGCUGUAUAUCACAAAUCUAGUGAAGAGGUCUCAGUAUGAUAUCUAUAUCCAUGAAUUCGAGUCAUAUGUCUGGUAACAUCUUUUUGAAUUUCAGCUCUUAAUGUAGAGUUUAUGUUUUGGGUUUUUCUUUCACAAUUCAUUCUUUUAUCAUUUUCUCCAAUCAUAUCCUUCAAAGAUAUCAAUUAACCAUACAUCUAUCCAUAGUCUAUGCCACUCAUUUUUAAAAAGUCAAUUCAGAAUUCUUCAUAUCGGCUUCAUAUUGAAAUUGACUGUGUGAUGAUGGGCCAGGGAAUUUUGGAAUUUUUGUUUACAAUCUGUGAUUCUAACGAGAAAUAUAUACUGCCUUCAUGAUGACC